CAUCAUCAUGGUCAUGGUCAUCAAACAUUCUAUCAUCAACAACAUAUACCAGAACAAACUGGUAAGAUGCAAUUGACCCUUAUCUUACCAAAUGGUGUUCCGUCUGUUAUCAGUGUUGAUGCUAAUACACCAAUGAUGGACUUGUUAGUACAAGCAGCAUCAGUAAAUAAACUUAAUCCGAGCGGUUAUUCGCUCGUUGUACUUGAUUCUAAUCAACAUAUUAUUCAUUUCAAGGCUAAUCAAACUGUUGGACAAAUUGGUUCUUCAACAAUCAGUCUCCUUCCUAAGGAGGUCUCUCAUCCAAAUUCAUCAUCAAAACCAAAAGCUCAACCAUUUGAAAUAACAGUUCGUUUACAAGUUAAUUUACCAGAUGCUCAAAAGAUUUUAUUACGCGUUGAUCCAACAUUACCAUUACAUGAAAUCAAAGAACAAAUAUGUAAACAAAAAAAAUAUAUCGAUCCAAGUCGAUAUACAUUAUGUUUACCAAAUAAACUUGACAAACCAUUAUUACUUGGUUUAACAUUAGCUGAAUAUAAAACAAAUGAACUUACAUUAGUAAAUUUGAAACAUGAUUUGAAAUUUAAUACCAAUCAAAUUCAGUCAUUUGAUCGUCUUUAUCGUACACGUUCUGAAAGCCAACCAGCACGAGAUCUCGUACAAGAAAUUCAUAUUGACCAUCAAGAAUUAAUAAAUAGCAAACAGCGUCCAGCAAGUGUUCAAUUAAAUGCAAUGCAAGGUCAACAAUUAACAUCAUUACCAACACGUUCUCAACAUCCUAAAACAUCUCAUACAUCACUUCAUGCAUAUUGGAAUGAUCCAAAUUUUGAUACACAAUCUCAAACAUCCAAUUGUUCAUCAACAACAAAAAAACGUCGUGCACCAAGACCACCGGAGUAUAUGAAUUCAACACCUAAUGAUCAAUUACAAUCUUCGGAUUAUCAUCAAAGUCAAGAAUCAUUAACAGAAAGUACAAAUGGAACGAAACAAAAACGUAAAGCACCUGUUUUAUCAAAUACAAAUAUUCAUGAAGAAAAUACAACGGAUGAUCAACAAAUACCGACAGAUAAUGAAUUACAAAAACUCGAUAUUACAAUAAAUCCUGUUGAUGAACAGAAGACACCACCAAGUGCAAGAUUAGUUAUAACAACACAUUCUCAAGAACAGAAUAUUAUUGAAUCACAUUCAUCAACACCAAUCUAUUCUCAAAUACAUAAGGAUAAAGAACCUAUACAAAUUGAAUCUCACUAUUCAACAGUUAAAUCAACUUCAGCAUCACCACAAGUUCAACAAGAAGAAAAACGAAAUCUUUCACCAACAAAUUUUUCCGUUGAAGAAAUAGUUCAAAGUGGUAUAGCUGAACCUCCAGUUGUUUCUCCAACAAAAUCAUCAAAAAAAUCUGCAAAAUCAACGGAUGGUCUUACUAAAAUCAUAAAUGAUCAUAAUGAACGUGCUCAAAUUUAUCAAGCAAAUGAAAAACAAACAGACAAUGUGUCGUAUUUUCGUGUUGCAAAAAGUCGUCAUGGAAAAUUUGAAACAGACAGUCAAGGUUUUAUUAAUACUGCAACGAAUGUUUUUGAUUCAACUAAUAAUACUGAACAACAACAACAACAACAACAGCAAACAGUAAAAACGCCUGAUUUAACAACAAAUAAAACAAUAUUAGCAGGUACUCAACAACAAACAAGAGGUAAACAAGCAUAUGAUUUAUUAAAAAAAUAUGAAAAAGAAGAAGAAGAAAAUGAACAAAGUUUACAACCGAUUGAUACUGAUUAUUUAAAUAUUAUAACAAAUAAUAAAGAAAAAUCACCGACACCAAUUCAGCUUGAAGUUACUGAACGUACAACCCAUAUUUCAGUAACUGUUGAAAGUGAUCGUAAACAAUUAAUUACUCGAGCAUCACCCGUAUCACAACAAACAGCAGGUACACCUCCAAUUGUAGCACCAAAACCAUGUGGUAAAACUAUAACAGAAUAUCGUACAGUUCGACGAAUUGGUCACGAUGGUGAAGCAACAACAACGACUACUGUACGUACCGCAACAGUACCAUCAGAACUGACGGAUUAUAAACAACUAACAUCAUUACAGGCAUCAACUCACCAAUCUGAUGAUUUAGAAAAUACAGACAAAAAAUAA